AUGCCUUACAAUAACAACAACACCAACGCCAACAACACCAGCGGUGGGGUGCAACCGGUUACACCUCCGGACACCCUUCAAUCUCUCCCCUACUAUGAUCCCAAACAUGUUCACAGCAACUACCCACCCUACCAAGUUAGACCGGCCCAGAGCUUGAAGCCUGCUAAUCUACAUACGGGAUACGUAUCGGCGAAUCAACCUCCUGGUCCUCCGAAAGGAUCUACCGCUUCACACUUCGGACAGCGAGUUACCGCACCGCCUCCCGGCCUCGCGCCCCCGGCACCUAUGGCGCCCAUGGGUCCGGGCUUAUCAGCUUAUAUGAACCCGAACUAUGCCUCUCAGAUGCCUUAUGGUGCUCGUGUGUCCCCUUCUCACCACCCUGAGACGAUGCCAAACAGUACCGCAAGCCCUAGAACCCCUCGGGUUGUCCUCCCGCCUUCGCGAGGGCACCAGCACCACCCCAACUCUCAGACGCCUACUCGUCCCCGAACCCGAGGUAAAGGUAUUGGUACUACAUCCCCUUCCGGCAUCGUCCCCAGCAGCCGCCAGAUAAUCACCGAUCCGCGCCAGACCGUAGUCAGCAGCCCGACUUUCAAUAACUACUAUCUUCCUAUGCAGGCGCGAGACUUCCAGAACCCAUACCAGGGAAAGCAACCGCAAAUGGCGCAGCCUCACAUAGGAAGUCCUGCUCAUGCCGUGGCUCCCCAGGAGCUGAAGCCACCACUUGACAGGCACGCCCGCCAGAGAAUCCUCGACGAGCAAGCCAAAAGCUUUUCUGAGGAAGAUGAUGCCGCGUUUUACCCACACAAGGACUAA